AUGGAUGAAAAUGAAAACAUUAGUUAUUCUGAAAAUUCUUAUCAAAAAUUGUGCAAUUUGAUCGAGGAGAACGAGUACCGCGAAAUAGUCUCGCAGCUGAACCACAAACAGUACGUGCUCGACAGCGUCAUCGCCAAGAAAGGAGCAGGCGAAGGAAAAUCCCGAUGGAUCAGUGCGAUCUAUCAGUCCCUGCUCCGUCACUUCAACGCCAUUCCAGGAAACGAUCCGCACACGAUCAGGGUUAUGCUGACGGCUCCGACCGGAAAAGCUAGUUUUGCCAUCAAAAGUAUGACCAUUCACAGUUCGUUCGGUAUUCCCGUCAACGUGUACAAAGGCGACAUUUUGCCGCUUAACAGAGACAAAGCCAACAUGCUUAACAACCUGCUUAGUCAUCUUAGACUGAUCAUAAUAGACGAAUUCAGCAUGGUCGGAGCCACCAUGUUGGAGCAGAUACACAUGCGUCUGAAGCAUAUUUUCAGGAACAACGAAGAUUUCGCUGUGCGGAACUUACUUGUGGGACCGUUUCAAGUUUUUCGAGCUGACCGAGAUAAUGCGGCAACGAGAGGACCUCUCUUUCGCCAACACCCUCAAUAA